UUAAUGUUUGUUAAGUUUGUUGAUGCAACAAGGGUCGGGUGAUAAAAUUAAAAUUUUACAAUAAUCAUUAGAAAAGAUUCAGAUCCUGAAGAGGGAAAAAAAAUAAAAGAAAAAAGUGAAACUGUGACCUGGUAAUUCGGACACAGUUCCGUUUUAUUUUCCUUGUUAAUAUUUCAUCCUGAAUUUCCUCUGCUACCAGUUUCUCUAGAAUUUGAUUCUCUUAUUUCUUAGUUUAUUGCGAUGGAUUCGAGUUCAACCCAGGAAUUCGAAUAUUUGUUUAAGUUGUUGAUGAUUGGGGACUCAGGUGUUGGCAAGAGUAGUCUCCUCCUCUGUUUCACAUCUGAUUCCUUUGAAGAUCUUUCUCCCACAAUUGGUGUUGAUUUUAAAGUCAAGUAUUUGACAAUGGAAGGUAAAAAGCUGAAGCUUGCCAUUUGGGAUACAGCUGGUCAAGAGAGAUUCAGAACAUUGAUAAGUUCUUACUACCGAGGUGCUCAAGGGAUCAUUAUGGCUUAUGAUGUAACUCGGCGGGAAACGUUUACGAAUCUCUCUGAAAUAUGGGCAAAGGAAAUAGACCUUUAUUCAACAAAUCCGGAAUGCAUCAAGAUGCUUGUUGGAAACAAAGUGGAUAAGGAGGGUGAUAGAGUUGUGACAAAGAAAGAGGGAGUAGACUUUGCCAGGGAAUGUGGUUGCCUAUUUAUUGAAUGCAGUGCUAAAACACGAGUUAACGUACAACAAUGCUUUGAAGAGCUUGUUCUGAAGAUUCUGGAUACACCUAGCCUCUUAGCCGAGGGAUCCAAGGGCAAUAAAAAGAACAUUUUUAAGGACAAGCCAUCCCAGUCUAAUGCCACGAGUAGUUGUUGCUGAUAUUAAGAGACUAGCUAUUUCACUCGAAACAAGGGCGUUGAAUCCAUUUUCAGAAUCAGAGUUCUAACACUAGCUUAUUGAUUAUUUACAGCAACUGCUGAAGCCUUUGUACAAAACCUGAUUUUCCUAGAAUGUUAUAUGUAAUAUGACGACGAUCGUUAUCUGCUUUUCUUUUUUCUUUGGAUUUUGUUGUUUAUCAUUCACAUUUAAUUUCGUAUAUAGACGUGCAAGAAUCAUGGAUACUAUGUUAUUGAAACCAGUUCAAGUUGUAUAUAACUUCUAGACAAUAGUGCCGCUCUAAC